AUGCUCAGCGAGUGACCGCGCCGGGGCGCCGGGGAGGACGUGACGCCGGCAAGAUGGCGAAGGUCUCGGAGCUGUACGAUGUGACCUGGGAAGGAGAAUCUGAGUGCCCCCCAAAGUAUAUCCUUGCAGCAUCACUCAAAUAUAACGCACUCAGGGUUGGAGAGGGUGACAUCCAGAUGGACAAAUGGCAGUCAUGGUUGAGAGAGGAGAUGCGUGAUAAAAUGAGGAAGUGGAGGGAAGAAAACUAUCGGAACAGCGAGCAGAUAGUGGAAGUUGGAGAAGAGUUAAUUAAUGAAUAUGCAUCUAAGCUUGGGGAUGACAUAUGGAUAAUAUAUGAACAGGUGAUGAUUGCUGCCCUGGACUGCAGUCGGGAUGACUUGGCAUCGUUUUGUCUUCAGGAGCUAAGGCGACAAUUCCCUGGGAGCCACAGAGUUAAGCGAUUAACUGGCAUGAAAUUUGAAUACAUGGAAAGGUACGAUGAUGCCAUCCAGCUAUAUGACAGAAUUUUACAAGAAGAUUCAACCAAUACAGCAACAAGAAAGCGUAAGAUUGCCAUUCGAAAAGCCCAGGGGAAAAAUGUUGAGGCCAUCCGAGAGCUGAAUGAGUAUCUGGAACAAUUUGUUGGGGACCAAGAAGCUUGGCAUGAACUUGCAGAACUUUACAUCAAUGAGCAUGAUUAUGCAAAGGCGGCCUUCUGUUUGGAGGAGCUUAUGAUGACUAAUCCACACAACCACUUAUAUUGUCAGCAAUUUGCUGAAGUUAAAUAUACCCAAGGCGGGCUUGAAAACCUGGAACUAUCAAGAAAAUAUUUUGCACAAGCAUUGAAACUGAACAACAGAAACAUGAGGGCUUUGUUUGGACUAUACAUGUCUGCCAGCCAUAUUGCUUCCAAUCCUAAAGCAAGUGCAAAAAUGAAAAAGGACAAUAUGAAGUAUGCCAGUUGGGCAGCUAACCAAAUCAAUAGAGCUUACCAGGUUGCAGGUCGCAGUAAGAAAGAGACUAAGUACUCUUUGAAGGCAGUGGAAGACAUGUUGGAAGCCCUGCAAAUCACUCAAUCUUAGGCUGUCACAAAGAGAUCUAAUGUUAGAUUUUACAACUCCAUGUUCAACCUUUAAUGAUCUAUGAGUUAUGUUACUUUAAAUGCCUAAUUCCAUUGUUAGUUAAUGUGCUAUCUUAAAGGAUGUUUUUAUGAAAAUUUAAAAUGUCUAUUUAUUGCUGCUGUGAAGAAGACACAUGAAAACUCACUGAAAUGUAUAACUUAUCCCAGGAAGAUAACAAAGAAAUUAAAUGUAUUGCACAUCAGUCUCUUUAGAUCUUAUAUGUACAGUGACUGCUUUUUAAGCCAUAACCUGAUGUAGAAAUAAACUUGUUAAAUGAUCAAGUACAAUUAUGUAUUGGGCCUGCAGACUUGUACAUAUAGAUGAAAUUAUCUUAAUUGAAUACUUGAGUUAAAAUGUGGUAAAAGGUAAACAAUUACUGAGCAGUAUUCAUUAUACAAACAUGAAUCAUUACUGUUCCUGUGCACAGUUUAUUCAAGAAUACAUUUGAUAUUAAAGUUUUUAAGAUAUUUUCUUGUGUAUAGAAAUGAAAGCAAUAUAAUCAUGCCCUUGGUUUCAGUGAAAAUAACUCACAUGCUUAAAGAUAAGCAUAUGCUUAAUGCUUUGCUGGAGCCUUUGUGUAUAAAUGCAUGAGCAAGUAUCUGCUUGUCUAUGCAGCUAUGUGAUUGGGGCAUCUGCCUGCACAUUUUUUAUUUGUGCAGUUAAGGACAGUAGGAAACCACCUCAUGCUUCAAGAGCUAUGUGAAUACAGUAUUGUGUACUAGUUGUGAUAUUUACUGAGCAAAACAGUGCAACUCGUGGUUUAUGAAUCUUUGGUUCAGUCAGAAUUAAGCUGCUGUUAAUUCAUAAACUAUGGCAAUUUAAUCAUGCAGAUGUUUCUUGUACUGCAGUUUCAGCAGUAGGACUGCAGAGUGGAAAUUAUAUCAACUAAAAAAUUCCAGUCGGAAAUACUUCAACCCUUGAUUUUAUGAUGGAUAUCAACAUAAUUAAUAGUACAGCUCAUAUUUGAAACUUCAUAUUCUUCUAUACCCAGAGCGAGGUUAAGUCAAAGGCACUAUAAGCCUUCUUAAGGCCCCAAUUCAUGUGGUCAUGUGAUGAGAUCAGAGACUUUCAGCUUUCACUGAAAUAAAUAAAAGUUUCUGUCCCUCAUGGAUUCACAAAAUAGCUUGAAAACAUGACCCAAGGAUAACUGAUAUCUGCCAGAGUCUGCCUACAAUAGCUUCAAAAUGUGAACUGACUUAUUCAUCUUAACUCUGAAACAUGCUUCCACCCCAAGCAGGAGUGGGGUAUGGGCAGUGGGGCCUUGAGAUGUGGGUUUUGCCCUAGAUUGCCUUAAUUCAAUCUUGCUAAAUGUCAAAAGGCAUGUAUUAUAAUGGACUAGUUCACAUUUCAGAAACAUGGUUUACUUCAUUUGGGUCACUUCACCUCACAAAGAUUUAAAACAAAAUUCAUUAAUUUAGUUUUACAGUGAAUCAUUGAAACAAAGCAUGAAGUUUUUCCAAACAAUGGGUUGAAAAUUUGGUAAAAUUAUUGAAAAAUAGCAGGUACGUUUUCCCAUAGGUACUUGUUAAACGUGAAGCCAGUGAUGUAUGUAUUUUGGUUUUACAUGAAUUGCCUUUGAUUAGUCAAUUCAGAAUUAGCUAUAUUAUUUAUAAUAUUUACUAUCAAGUGUAGGAAUAAAAGCUAGGAUUUCUUUUCCACAUUAGGAAUGUUUUCAGUAUUAAUUGUACCAAGAUUAGAAAGUGGCAGUUCUCACAAACAUUUUCUGUCCUUAAUUAUGAUCUUAUUCCUCAUCAGUUCCACAGUCAAAGGAUUUCCACCUCCAGAUUACUUCUAUAUAAAAAGUUGCCCUGUCUUAUGGGAUAUACUUUAAAUAUUUAAAAUUUCACUUUUAUACUAAUAGCUAAAACAAAUGUAUGUAUUCAACCAGUUCGUGAGUAAAUCAAGGAGAUACUUUAUUACAAUAACUGAUUCACAGGGCCUUUUUAUUGUGUACUUUUAAGAUGGCAAUAAUAUGUCAAUAGAGAAUAUUAAGUGUGAAACUCUCAAAAGUAAACCUAGAGAUUUCUUCAUGAAUUUACAGCCUUAUACUGUAGGAGUGCGCCAUCUAGAGUUUUAAAAAACUCCAUUAAUUUCUACAGCACAUUCUCCAAAAAUGUGUUUGCAUCCUGCAGAUCAAAAAGAAUGGGAAGCUCUAGCAAAACACAUCUGUACAAAAAUAAAGUCUCUUCUUUGCCUCAGA